GACUAUGACGUAGGAGAUUUGAUCCCGGAUAUACGUGCAAUCAUGAAGAUGACAGAGGAAAACAGUGCUGGAAAGUCUGAAAUAACAAUGGAUGAUGUUCAAAACCUCAUUAACAAGAAAGAUGAAAUUGAGGAACAGAUUAAGGCUUAUUACGAUGUUUUGGAAGACCAAGGUGUCGGAGUUGAAGGUCCCUUGGUUGACGGAGAGGGCUUCCCCCGAGCAGACGUUAAUGUUUACCAGAUCAGGACAGCAAGACACAGUAUUUCAUGCCUGCAGAACGAUCACAAGGCCAUCAUGGUGGAGAUAGAAGAAGCCCUACACAAGCUGCACGCUCGGGAGAAGACUAAGCGGGAAAGUGAUGAGGCCGGAGCCCAGGAGGAGGCGAUGGAGCAGCAAGUCACUCUUCCCCCUCCCUUUGCACGGGUGGAUGCUGUGACACAAGGCUCACCCGCCUGUGGAGCUGGUCUCAAGGUUGGUGAUGAAGUCAUUGAGUUUGGUUCUGUGAACACAGGAAACUUUCAGAACCUCCAGAAUAUUGCGUCUGUGGUUCAACACAGUGAAGGCAAACCAUUACGUGUUGCAGUUAUCCGGGAUGGCCAGAAAGCUCAGAUGAGCCUGACUCCACAGCGAUGGUCAGGCAGAGGUCUGCUUGGAUGCAACAUUGUUCCAAUCCAUCGAUGAUCAUCAUGACAUUAUGCAGAAUUUCGAUUGUGAACCCUUUCCUCACCUUAUGUAACCCCUGGAUGGUUUCAAACUGACUUUGUAUACAAUGCAGACAUUUCCACCUGUUCAAUUUCUCAAUAUCUUAAUCCAAACUGGUAAUAUUUUCUUUAUACAAGGCCAGUCUUCAGAUUGGUAUAUAUGAAAAUAAAGUGUCACAGUACUUCUGUUGAAGAGGCCAUGCUGAGUUUAUUAAAUAAUUGCUAAAUAAGCAAUGCUACAUUAAACUACACUGAGUAAAAACUUGCAUGUUCAAACAAUUCAAUGUUGGCAUUACCAGUUAAUGCUUCCUCUCAGGAGCAUGGAUUCACUCAGCAAAUGUUAUUACAAUUAGCCUGUUUCAUUCAUCUUAAUCUAGUGUGCAAGUGGUUAUUUUGACGUGAGAGGAUCACCAGAGAUAAUUAAGGUUCAUUUAGGAUAUCCAUCACAAACUCUGGAGUAAUUGUUUUAAUAUCUGCAGUGAUCUGACAUGAUUGACAGACAGUGAAAAUCAAUUACUGGAGAAAAAUAUUACCUUUGCUACAAUCAUCAACAAAGGCAAAUUUUUAACUCUUGGGUAAGUCAUGACCCAUCAAAUGUUAUCCAAGAGCAACAGCAAAUCAGGGAAUCUUGGUAAGAUUAUGGAUAAGUACCAAAAUAAUUACUAAUUUAAUUUACAUAUACUUAAAUAUUUGUUAUUUUGUUUUGUGUGAGCGUGAAAACAUAUCCUUGGUUUAAUACAGCUUCUCCACCUGUUUGAAAGCUGAACACAAUUCACUGAACUCAUUAAGUAAAAUGUUUUCAUAUUGAUUCAGCUAAAAGACAAAAAGACUGAAUCUGCACAGCUAUGCAUGUUCAAAAGUCCACACUUUAAUGACAAAGGCAAAAAAGGUGUUUGACAAACAUUUCUAAGAAUGUAAUUGGUUGUUUUUUUCCAUUAUAAAAAUGUGCAUCACAAAAA